AACAAUUCUUUAAUCACCAUAUGUUUGUGCUCGAGCAAGAGGAAUAUACCAGAGAGGGUAUAGAAUGGGACUAUGUCAACUUUGGCCUUGAUUUGCAACCGACGAUAGAUCUUAUUGAGGCGAGCGGUCCCGUUAUCGGAGUGUUGAGCUGCUUGGACGAGGAAUGUAUCAUGCCCAAGGCCACCGAUCUCACCUUUACGAACAAACUGCAUACAAUGUGGCGAGGGGACCUGCAGCCUGGUGAAGAGCCCCAUCCUGGUAGGGAGAAAUACGAGCCGACAAGAUUUGAGCAGGGAUUCACUUUGCAGCAUUACGCUGGUAAGGUGGAAUAUCGAACCGACGGAUGGUUGGAAAAGAACAAAGAUCCUUUGAACGAUAAUCUUACCCGUGUUCUUGCCUCUUCCUCGGAAAGAUACGUAUCAUCUCUUUUUGCAGACUACAGCGACAUAUCGUCAGGUCUCUUAGCCCCG